AUGAAAUGAACAUCCAGCCCUGCACGAGCAUGUACCGGAUCCUCAUGUACUGUACAAAGUACAUCAGCAAGAGCAACAAGGCUCGAGUCACCUUGCACGAGAUGCUCGAUACUGUCCUGGACAGGACUGCAGACAAUACACGCUUCAAAAUUGUCUUCAGGAAGCUUCUCCUAGCACAAAUGGCGCUGCAAGAGCGUUCGGCUCAAAAAGUGGCACAUAAUUCGCUCUGUCUCUUGUUGUAUGCUCACGCACCAUUGUACGUGCAAAUUGCGAUCCAGAGGCUUUCGUGUUUCUGUAUUCCGAUGCCGCCCUUGACGCUCCUAUGUAUGCAAACGCUUGGACACGGCAUGAGAAACGCAAGGACUUGGAUGAUAUGUCGAUCUUCGAGUAUAUGCAAAAAUGCACUGAGAAAGCCACACUACGCACUCGGGUUACAGUGGUGUGUGUGUCACCCAUCUUCACGACGUUGCCAGACGCUGGAGCUCAACCACAGGUUCAAAUUGUGUGUUGUCUGCUGUUUUGUCCAGGACUUUGUCGAGCAAUCCAAGGUCACUCGAGCCUUGUUGCCUUUGCUGAUGUACUUUGUACAGUACAUGGGGACCUGGUAUAUGCUCUUGCAGGGCUGGAUGUCCAUUUCAUGGCGCCAUGCGAUUAACCACGGUGCACAGAAGUUCUUGACAUAAGGAUGAUUCUGCGCUGGGACGAAUUUGAGGUCUUGAAUAGCUCGAUCGUGGACUAUCUUGGGCUCGUCACAUAAAGGCUUUGGGAAAUGCCGCUGGCAGUACUCUCGGCCUGCCUUAUUUUGCUUCUUGCAAUGCAAGUCUCCAAAUUUCAACCAAGAUCACUAUAGUAAAACGUAUCAAGUUCUGGCGUAUUGUAUGCUCACAAGUGCAGAAUGCAGCUACCAAGGGUCACAAGCGUCUCGCGCUGCCCUUUGCUGCUGCCACGUCAGUGUCAGUCAAUAGGUUUCUACAUGCGCUCAUACACGUUGAGCGUUCCAUGAUGGGCAAUGUUGAAGCGUGCAACGGGCAAUCGUGGAGGAACAUGGAUUGCCCUUGAUGAAAAUGAUGCAGACAACCUGUGUGCUUUGCACCUCAGUACCUGCCGGACAAACCACUGCGUCUCGUGCUCUUCAGAUCUACUUCAUUUCAUACUGAUCAACA